CUUUCCUCUGAAAAGCAGUGCCAUUCCUUUUUAGAAAGACUGAAUCUAAAUGUUGUCUCUGGAGACAAGAAGCCUUCAGUAUGUUCAAUUACUUCAUUACGUUUUUCAGAUGCUUAUUGAUUCCACAGUAGGAAGAGUGAGAGACUGCAGCAGCCUCCAGGCAGCUCUCCACGUUCCACACGUUAGCAAGACUGCUGAGACAAUGGCACAGCACAGACACAUAUUUUCAUUAAGAUCUUUUCUGAAGAGAUGUUUAUGACCCUCUUCCCCCAGUCCUCUGCUAACAAGUGAACAAAAUGAAUCAAUCAAAACUGGAAACGCUUCAACUACAUCAGGAAUUUAUCAAAUCUUUAGCGGAGGGCCCACAGCAGCUAAUUCAGUAUUUACCAGUGACAAUAUGAAGAAUGCACCUGAUAAGCACCUCCCUAGCUGCCUGAACCAUAAACUGCAGGAUAUUCUUCUAACAUAUGAAUUUAAGACAUUAAGGAGUUAAAACCGGAAAAGACAGGUCCACAUUACUGCUGGGAUACAACACAUCAACAGUAAUCAUCCUCAGAAGAUGCUCUGUAAAAUAGACAUAAAAACAAUUUGACUGCAAAAGCCUAAAAACAAAAUGGUGAGCAUUUUUAAAGGGGGAGUUUAUACUUUAACAUACCAGGAUUGUGGAGGUGAUUCCUGAAGAAACAAUGAGACACGGACUGACAAAAAGAGAAUGCCACACAUCAGCAGCCAGCUAAAUGAAGCUUUGUCAAGUAUUUUCUGCACUAAAUAUUCAGAUAUUCGUAGCAGUUGAUAUUACUAUUAACGGAUUUUUUUCCUCUAAGUUUUAUGACUAUGAAUCCUCUUCUAAUGAAAACAAAUCAAAUUAAAUAGCAGAUGGCUUUUAUCAAAAGAACAUGGACUGGAUUUAGAAUAUAAGCAAGUUAUGUGAUCAAGAAAUCAUUUCAAAAUAAUGAGGACUGCUACAGAAACAGAUUUACAUUUGUACCAAAAGGAUGUCUAAAAACAUUUUAGAAGCUAGAAACCGUAUGUUUCCUUUUUUAUUUUCACAUAUUCUGGAAAAUAAAGAGACACUAUCAUAUAUUCCCUCGAAGGGAAAUAUAAUUCCUACCAUUUGAGGAAGUUUCUCUUGGUCGUGACUUUCUAAGGCAAAACAAACACAAAUGUUUGUACUGGUCUUUACAAAUCCAUCAGCCAACUAAAUCUCACAAUUCAUGCAGUUUGAAGUAUUGGAGAGAAAAAUGAAAGAAUUUCUACAAGACAUGAAAUAAAACACAGCUACUUCACUGUUGUCAGGUAAACAAAAAUCAAGUCAAAAUCUGUCAAUGACAUCAUGUAUCAAUUUGUGAAAAUCUGCCGUAGUGAGCCAAAGGGCCCGUAAGGUCACAGCAAACAGGGAAAACACCAACUGCUCCAAAAGAAUGUGUUUUUCUCCCGUUCUGGAAAUCAACAUGCAGUCUGAAUCUAACAUUACAGUGCGAGAUGACACUGGUGGCAUCAACACCAGUAUGUACCAACCACUAUCCUACCCAGUAAGCUUCCAAGUGUCUCUCACCGGAUUUCUUAUGUUAGAAAUUGUGUUGGGACUUGGCAGCAACCUCACCGUAUUGGUACUUUACUGCAUGAAAUCCAACUUAAUCAACUCUGUCAGUAACAUUAUUACAAUGAAUCUUCAUGUACUUGAUGUAAUAAUCUGUGUGGGAUGUAUUCCUCUAACUAUAGUCAUCCUUCUGCUUUCACUGGAGAGUAACACUGCUCUCAUCUGCUGCUUCCAUGAGGCCUGUGUAUCUUUUGCCAGUGUCUCCACAGCAAUCAACGUGUUUGCUAUCACUCUGGACAGAUACGAUAUCUCUGUAAAACCUGCAAACCGAAUUCUGACAAUGGGCAGAGCUGCAAUGCUGAUGAUAUCCAUUUGGAUUUUUUCAUUUUUCUCUUUCCUGAUUCCGUUUAUUGAGGUAAAUUUUUUCAGUCUUCAAAGUGGAAAUACGUGGGAAAACAAGACACUUUUGUGUGUCAGUACAAAUGAAUACUACACUGAACUGGGAAUGUAUUAUCACCUGCUAGUACAGAUCCCAAUAUUCUUUUCCACAGUCAUAGUGAUGUUAAUCACAUACACCAAAAUCCUUCAGGCUCUUAAUAUUCGAAUAGGCACAAGAUUUUCUACAGGGCAGAAGAAGAAAGCAAGAAAGAAAAAGACAAUUUCUCUAACCACGCAGCACGAGACUACAGACAUGUCACAGAGCAGUGGUGGGAGAAAUAUAGUCUUUGGCGUAAGAACUUCGGUCUCUGUAAUAAUUGCCCUCCGGCGAGCUGUGAAACGACACCGGGAACGACGAGAAAGACAAAAAAGAGUCUUCAGGAUGUCUUUAUUGAUUAUUUCUACAUUUCUUCUCUGCUGGACACCAAUCUCCGUCUUAAAUACCACCAUUUUAUGUUUAGGCCCAAGUGACCUUUUAGUAAAAUUAAGGUUAUGUUUUCUAGUCAUGGCUUAUGGAACAACUAUAUUUCACCCUUUAUUAUAUGCAUUCACUAGACAAAAAUUUCAAAAGGUCUUGAAAAGUAAAAUGAAAAAGCGAGUCGUUUCCAUCGUGGAAGCUGAUCCUAUGCCUAACAAUGCAGUAAUUCACAAUUCUUGGAUAGAUCCUAAGAGAAACAAAAAAAUUACCUUUGAAGAUAGUGAAAUAAGAGAAAAAUGUUUAGUACCUCAGGUUGUCACAGACUAGGGAAACAUCGAAGUUUCACUAAGCCCACAUUCAGAAGUUUUAAAUUUAAAUUGUAAAAAAAUGAAAUUACUGCCAAAUAUAAGAAAAAAACAUUUUAAGUAUUGGUUAUGUUGUAAAUUUCCAAUGUAAAUGUCAAGAUUAGAUUAGGUCAUAUAUAUUCAAUUUCUUCAUUACAAUGUAUUUGUUGCAUGGCAGUUUGUUAAAGUAAUA